CAAGUCCCCCCAAUAGAAACUGUGCCUGAUUUGUGGCCAAUGUUGGAGAUGUAAAAAAAGGGAGAGAGAAGAGGAGGGGGGAGGGAAAACACUAAAGGGGGUAGCUAUGGAGAUAGAGCGUUUUCCUGGCUGCUUUCUUUGACAGGUGUUGAGUGGGGUAAAAGUCUUAAAACAGAAUCCAGCAUGUACGCCAAAGGUAAAGGAGCUGUCGUCCCUUCCGAUAGUCAAGCGAGAGAAAAGUUAGCUUUAUAUGUGUAUGAGUACUUGCUGCACGUUGGCGCACAGAAAUCGGCACAGACCUUCCUGUCAGAGAUCCGAUGGGAGAAGAAUAUCACAUUAGGAGAGCCUCCUGGAUUCCUGCACUCAUGGUGGUGUGUAUUCUGGGAUCUGUACUGUGCUGCUCCGGAUCGACGGGAGACAUGUGAACAUUCCAGCGAGGCCAAAGCUUUCCACGACUAUAGUGCAGCAGCAGCUCCCAGUCCUGUGAUGGGCAACAUGCCACCCAACGAUGGCAUGCCAGGUGGACCCAUGCCUCCAGGCUUCUUUCAAGGUCCACCUGGAUCACAACCAUCUCCACACGCACAGCCCCCCCCACACAACCCCAACAACCCCAUGAUGGGUCCACACGGCCAGCCUUUCAUGUCUCCACGGUACCCAGGUGGACCCCGCCCAUCACUCCGCAUGCCAAAUCAGCCUCCAGGUGUAAUCCCAGGGUCACAGCCACUCCUGCCAAACAGUUUGGACCCCACCAGACCGCAAGGACAUCCAAACAUGGGCGGCCCGAUGAGGAUGAAUCCACCCAGAGUAAUGGGCGGCAUGGGCCCACAGAACUACGGCGGUGGAAUGAGACCUCCUCCGAACUCUCUCGGUGGUCCCGGUAUGCCUGGCAUGAACAUGGGUCCUGGUGGUCGAGGGCCGUGGCCUAACCCUAACACAAACUCCAUAGCAUACUCAUCUUCAUCACCAGGAAAUUAUGUGGGUCCUCCAGGAGGUGGUGGACCUCCAGGAACUCCCAUCAUGCCAAGCCCAGGAGACUCAACGAAUUCCAGUGAAAACAUCUACACAAUGAUGAAUCCCAUUGGCCCUGGUGGCAACAGACCGAAUUUCCCAAUGGGUCCUGGACCUGAUGGUCCAAUGGGUGGGAUGGGAUCGAUGGAGCCACACCAUAUGAAUGGAUCUUUAGGUUCAGGUGAUAUGGAUGGGUUGCCAAAGAACUCUCCGAACAACAUGGCAGGUAUGAACAACCCCCCAGGCACCCCACGGGAUGACGGGGAGAUGGCAGGCAACUUUUUAAACCCAUUCCAAAGUGAAAGUUAUUCACCCAACAUGACGAUGAGUGUGUGAUUUUCUUUGUUGUUUUAUUUUCAUUUUCAUUUUUUUGAACCCUUACCCCCCACCCCGCCUUCCCGACCUCUGCUGCGUCCGUUUUAUUUUAUUUUGUUCGAUCAUUACACCCACCCCCUUCCCAACCAUCACCCUCCAACACUCUGGGCUGGUGCGGUGGCGCCCCCUAGCGGGUCGGUACCGCCGCGGACCGAAGGACUCAUGGUAGAACCACCCAGUUCAAAGCUGGCGCGGUGACGUCGACUGGAAGAAAGCGAGCCUCGACUCAAAGGAAGAGCCUUCUCGCGGAGUCCACCUGCCUGCCGGGCUUCGUCACCGGUUCGGGACAUUGAGGGUCCUCGAUGGAACCACCGCGUGUGUGUGUGUGUGUGUGUGUGUGUGUGUGUGUGUGUGUGUGUGUGUGUGUAUAUUUGUGUGUGUGUGGGACUGUGCCAGGAGAUGUUAUCACGCUGCUCAUCAGCAUUGAGACUGGUGGCUUUAUUAUAAACCUGUUGAUUUUUCGUCGGCAUUUAAACGCUGAGGACGGAGGCGUCCGCUGUUUGAUUGCCGUGUACAUUUUGAAACCGGAAAUGGUGACACGAUAAAGGGCAGGAAUGGUCUCAUUACAAUAUAUUUGUAUAUUAUUGAUAAUAUUAUUGUUCUAAUUUUCAUAAUUGAUAUUGCUAUGAUGAUGUACUCAUAAUUUUAUCCUGUAAAGGGCACAUUUGUAUCUCAACAACAUCGAUGACAGAAUAAGCACACAUUCAGAAAUGCACAAUGACACUUCUGUUUACAUGAUGAUUUUAGGUAUUUGUCUAUAUGUUUUGUUUUAGUCGUUUUGUCAGAUGUCUCUCUUUACAUAUACCUCUGUUGUUAGAACUGAUGUCAUCACUACCAGAGAAACGUACCGAGAUGUACAACCUCAGUUUAGUGUCGAAGUGGCGUCUUAUUGAUUACGAUCACUGGCGUAAUACACCUGUAUGGCACUGUAUUUAAAAAAUGGGAAUACGCUUUAAAAAUGUUGCAUAUGUCAUCCUUUUCCGGGCCUCAGCAUGUAGCGUUCAAGGGUUACUGCCAUUGCAUUCACUGCCAUCGGUCCAUUUCAGCAUAGCAUAUUUCAUCCUCUUGCCAUGAUCACCAAAUUGGUCAAUCUCUAGAACGAACACAUGUGACCAUCUAUUCUAGAUAAAUUGCCGUCUAUAGUUGUGAUUUCUCCACUAUGUUUGCCAUUGUUUUUCAAAUGUUUUAGAAUAUUACCCCUGUGUUUGUAAAAGUAGUUGGAAUAAGCAGACUGCUCUUACAAGCACCCGUUUUCUUGUGCUCUAUAGUCCCAUGUCUGUAAAUAUAACGUUUUGGUCAUGGACCUUAUUGGUAUUUUCAAUACACUACUUGUCUGUGAA